AUGUAUUUGAGCUUAUCUGUCUGUAAACCAAACAUAUAAAUGAAAUUAAAAAAUUAAAACAAAUAAUUUGAUUGUUAAGCUUAUAAAAUGACUUAUACUACCUAGUUAAAUAAGGAGAAAAAAGAAUUAUAUCUUUAAUAUUAUAAUUAUAAUUGA